AUGUUAGAGUCGGGUACAACAAAGUCCCAGGGAAAACCGUCGGGUGGGUUGCCAAGUGCCAACAGAGACAUCCCUAUCACUGGGACUGGACAAGUCAUGGCGGUUAGUGGAGAGCAUGGAGGCCUUGUUAUUUAUGAUAAGGACCAAAAUACCCGUAUCUGGUCUGCUAACGUUACCAUCUCUUCUCCCAAUAGUUCCAUCACAGCCAAGCUUUUGGAUACGGGAAAUCUUCUUGUGCUUGAAAACAAUGGCAGUAGUAGCGAAACGUUGCUGUGGCAGGGCUUUGGUUAUCCCACAAAUACUAUGCUUCCGUUUAUGAAACUUGGGUUGAACCGGCGGUCCGGAAAGUUUCGGUUCCUGACAUCUUGGAAAUCUGAAGAUGACCCGGGAAUUGGGAGUUGUUCAUAUCGGAUUGACCCAGGCGGUUUUCCUCAAAUGUUUUUACAAGGGUCAAACUCCGUGGUGGCGCUGGAACUUGGACCAGUGAGAGAUGGGCCGGAUGAAUCAAUCUACUUUGCAAGAAUGGUGAUUGAUGAAUCAGGAACCAUCGAAGGGUCCAUGUGGCACGAUCAAGCGCGUCGAAGGGACAAGUUUUGGUCCGCCCCGGUUGAGCUGUGUGAUUUCUAUGGGAAGUGCGGUCCAAACAGCAACUGCGACCCGACCAAUGCCCAUGAGUUGAGUGCACGUGCCUACCCGGGUUCGAACCCAAGUUGCAAAAUGAAUGGAACUUGA